GCAGUUCGCCCUAGCUAACUUGAAAAACGUGCUCGAGGUGGAGGCAGUCAGCCUGCGAAGGAAAAACAAGCGAGGACAGGUCGGGCACUACAUGCCCAGCCCGUGUUUUAAAAGAAGGAAAAUUAGUUAAAGUGGAGGAUAUGUGGAUGUGAGUGGGGUUUUCGUCACUUUCACGCGGGCUCAGUUACUUAUUGUUUGGCUCUCGGGCUGUGGCUGUGGCGUGUUGAGCGUGUCGCUGUUUGCCCAUUCUCACUGGAGUGAACACUAAGGAGGACUCCAUGAAAGAUGACAGAAGAGGUGAUUGUUGUAGCCAAGUGGGACUACAUAGCCCAGCAGGACCAGGAACUUGACAUCCGUAAAAACGAGCGCCUCUACCUCCUCGACGACUCGAAGACGUGGUGGCGCGUCCGCAACACCGCCAACCAGACGGGCUACGUGCCGUCGAACUACGUGGAGCGCAAGAACAGCCUGAAGAAAGGCUCUCUGGUGAAGAACAUCAAAGACACCCUGGGUUUGGGGAAGGGCAAGAGGAAGACGAGUGCGCGCGAUGCCUCCCCUACGCCGAGCUCAGACACAGAGUACCCUUCCAACGGCAGCGGGGGCGGAGGUGUGGUCGGCGCCCCGGAGAGGAUCUAUGACCUCAACAUCCCCGCUGUGGUCAAGUUUGCGUACACAGCAGAGAGAGAAGACGAGCUAACUCUGCUCAAAGGCUCCAGAGUGGUCGUCAUGGAGAAGUGCAGCGACGGCUGGUGGCGUGGCAGUCACGCCGGCCGCGUCGGCUGGUUCCCCUCCAAUUACGUCCAGGAGGAGCUCAUGGGGGUGGACGAUGGAGACGGGGAUUCCCCGCGGGCUUACCUCGGCGGGACUCUGCUGGCCAACGGCCGCGCCGGCGGCCGGGGCGUCGUCCUCCACCUGGUCCAAACGCUCUACCCCUUCAGCUCGACGACCGAGGAGGAGCUGAACUUUGAAAAGGGAGAAAUCAUGGAGGUGAUAGAGAAGCCGGAGAAUGACCCAGAGUGGUGGAGGUGUAAGAACUCUCGCGGCAUCGUGGGCCUGGUGCCCAAGAACUAUGUGGUGGUGCUGGGCGAGCGACCCGGCCCGCCCUCCACCACGUCGGCCUCCCCUCAGAGCCGCUAUAUGGGACCGGCGCGCUCGGGGAGGUUCGCCGGCAGGGACUGGUACUACGGCAACAUCACCAGACAUGAGGCCGAGUGCAUACUCAACGAGCGGGGAGAGGAGGGCGACUUCCUCAUACGAGACAGCGAGUCAUCGCCCAGUGAUUUCUCCGUGUCCCUGAAGGCGGUGGAGAAAAACAAGCACUUUAAAGUGCAGCUGUCAGACGGGGUGUACUGCAUCGGCCAGCGCCGGUUCAACUCCAUGGACGAACUAGUGGAGCAUUACAAGAAGGCCCCCAUCUACACAAGCGAUCACGGAGAGAAGCUGUACCUGGUGAAGGCGCUGCUGUGAUCUACACAUCUACACUGGAUCUCUCACACACACACACGCACACAUGAUCCCCGACUGUCUUAACCCAAGCCUUAGUCUGGACCCCUCCCGCUGUGGUGUCUGUACCACAUCUAGAUCCUCAGAUCUCCUGGAUUUUUUUUUUUCCAAGCGAAAACCAGACAAACUGUUUUUUUUUUUUUUUCCUAGCUCUUCGCUGUUUUUGUUUUUGCAGAUGACCCUCAGACAGCCAUCGCUGAGCCACACGGCGAACACAGCGUGUACCGAUCCUCUAUUACCUUGGAUGUGCUAACAUGCAGUGACCACAUUUUGCUGCUAACAGAACGCCCGAGGCCUUGUCGGGGGGGGUUUGAGGUCUCCCUCUGAUGUCAUGCGUAACGUCUGCUUACUAGCACGUACAUUGCAAGUUCCACCGUUGCUCUUAACUCAGCCAGGACAGAACCGACGUUCUUACCGGUUCAGAGACGGACUCGGACCUCAGUGGGACCCAACUCUGUCACGUCUAACCGCAGCCCACGUUUCAUUUUAGUCCAUCGAGACCCACUUGUUAGUGAACUCACGUUGUUAUUCUUUUUUUUUUUUUUUAAAGCUUAUUUAAAUUUGUUCAAGUUUUGUAGUUACUUUUUCACAAAGUGACCAGAAUCACUUUUGCCUUUUU